GCCUGGUUAAAUUAUUAUCCAACAUCCAGUGAAUACAGGAUCACCAGAGCUGAAAGUGGCAGAUACAGCUGCAGAAGAACAAGAAACUAUCUGUUAACACAAUGGAGUGAUAAUCUGUAUUUAACUGUUUCAGAUAAACCCAGAGCCUCAUUGAGACCAGAAAGAACAAUCCUACCAGCAGGGGGCAGUGUAGCCAUGAGCUGCUCUGUGCUCAGCUCUUCUGGCUGGAAAAUUUACUGGUUCAGACAGGAGUCAGUGUCUUCUACAGCUCAGUUAAUCAGACACAAUGAAACAGGUGGAGUCCUCAGAGUCUCAGAGGAAGGUGUGUACAGCUGCAGAGGAAGAAGAGGAGAUCCAGUUUUCUACACUGAAACCAGUAAUAAAGUCUUUAUUCAGCAAACUGUUCCCAUUAAACCCACUGUGGUCCUGCAACCCAACUGGUCUCAAAUAUUCAGAGGAGAGAACAUCACUCUGAGAUGUGAGAUCCAGGGAGGUGGAGGAGCUCAGUGGACGUAUGAAUGGAGACCAACCAACAGAAACUCUCCAACAUCCAGUAAAUACAACAUCAUCAUAGCUGCCAGUGGCAGAUACAGCUGCAGAGGAACAGGAAACUAUCUGUUAACACGAUGGAGUGAUGAUCUCUCAUUAAAUGUUUUAACUGCGUCCAGUCCUGUCAGCUCUCUUGUGAUGUUGAUUGUUGGACCAUUUAUUGGAAUAAUUCUCAUUAUUCUCCUGGUCUUGUUGUGGCGCUGCAGACGGUCCAAAGAUCUAAGCGAUAUCAGAUUGAAUCAAUCAGAGAGCAGAAAUCAAACCUCAGCUACAAAUCAUGGAGUGACCCAGACUGACAAUCCUGUUUACAGCUCUCUGCUUUAUGGUGACACGUCCCUCUAUGAGACAAUCCAACCCUGCAGAACCUCUGGAAAAGAGAGGCCUCAUCACCCAGCAGAAGGUUCUGAUUACGCUAAUGUUAAACCAGACUCUAGAUUUAACUACAAUUACCAUCCAGAACAAAGGAAAGGACAAUAAAAAGGAAAGGGGAGUCCAGCAGCAACAGAUGCAGCAGUGUAGCUGAAUGCUGUGAUGGUUUAUUCUGCUGUAUAUUCAAUGAGAUAAAAGUUGUUACCUUGGAUAAUCCCACAUCUUUAUGUGCUUUUAUUACAAGUCUGUUAAUAAAACUCCUUCUGG